ACAUGCGAGAAGUUGCAGUUAAGAGAUUAUAUAAGAAAAAACACAAAAUAGUCGAACAAUUCAUGAAUGAGGUUCAAAUCUUGGGACAUUUACGACAUCCAAACCUUGUUCUAUUCUACGGUUGCACCUCUCAAAAAAGUCGAGACCUUCUCCUUGUUUAUGAGUACAUUCCCAAUGGCACCAUUACCGACCACCUGCAUGGGAAACAAGCAAUUCCAGGCCGGCUAACAUGGGCCAUACGUUUGAAAAUUGCCAUUGAAACCGCCAGUGCACUAGUGUAUCUCCAUGCCAGUGAUGUUAUACACCGAGAUGUCAAGACAAACAACAUUCUUCUUGAUAAAAAUUUCAGUGUCAAAGUAGCAGAUUUUGGUCUCUCAAGGGUCUCUCCGAAUAGUGUCACUCAUAUAUCAUCAGCUCCUCAGGGAACCCCAGGAUACGUGGAUCCUGAAUAUCACCAAUUAUAUCAAUUAAGUGAUAAGAGUGAUGUUUACAGCUUUGGUGUAGUCUUGAUUGAACUAAUAUCAUCAAUGGUGGCAGUCGAUAAACGUAGGCCCAGAGAAGAGAUUUAUUUGGCAAAUCUCGCUCGAAACAGGAUCCAAAGAUGUGAAAUUGAUCAAUUAAUCGACCCGGCAUUAGUAUCUGAUUCGAAUCGUGAAAUCAAGGUCAUGAUCACAUCAGCAGCAGAGUUGGCUUAUCGAUGUUUACAAUUUGAUUCAGAUAUGAGGCCUACAAUGAAGGAGGUGUUGGAUGUCUUGAUGGAAAUUCAAGCCGGGAGAAGAAUGGAUGUUGUUGAUGAUUCGGUGAUUUUGUUGAAAGAUUUCUCACCUUCGCCGAUCUCUAUGUCAACGUGAAUAAGUGAUAACAGUGG